AUGGCAGCAAACAUGGUGAACAUGACGGACUUCUCGAGAAAGAACACCCUUUUACCCGUCACGACAGAACCAGUUUAUACUGGUCUCACUGACAUUUUAAGCAACCUGUGCCAAUUUGGCCGCCACUUCUACAACGACGAAACUGUGAGCGUCCUGAGGGCUGCCGCCACCUUUGUCGAAGACUUCGCGGAUGGAAGCGAGCCUGACCAAGAUACUACUAUACGCCUAAUGCAGUGGAUAGACAGGAAGCUGGGCAAAUUUCGUGGAUUAGUCGUCUCUGAUGGGCAUGACGCAGCAGUCCAUGUGAAAAGAGAAUUCUGCAUUCAAGAUUCUCUACUAUCAGAGUUUUUAUUUGACCUUCAACAAGCCAAAAUUGCAGAGCUCACAGCCAUGAUCAACGCUAGACGAUCCCCUGGAAGCCAAAGCAGCAGUCGAGAGAAGCACGGCAGCACUGGGGAGACUCGCCAAACCAAGAACGCUGGAGGCGUUCCAGCGAGCGUGCAGCGAACUCUCCCUAAACAAGGGUCGCAGGAGCUGUGCCUGAAGUUUCUCUCGAAGGUGGGAUGCCGCGGGAAAGAUGGACCCGGCAAGUGUUUCUCCAAGCUGCGUGUCCAUUUUCGUCCCAGCAGUCUCUCCCAGGAGGCAAAGGAGCUCAUCGUACAGCGCUGGGGAGGCCUUGCUGCUGAAUUUACCGACCUAUGGCAGCAAGGGAUCCCAGUUUAA